GCACUAUAAGGCGCACAUAAAAGCCUUAAAUUUUUUCAAAAGCUGAUCAUGCGCCUUAUAAUCCGGUGCGCAUUAUAUAUGGAUCAAUAUUGAGCCGCAACAGGUCUGGCAACUACGGUAAGACGACUCCAUUUUCCCCGUAGAAGAAGUAGAGCGCAGUGCAUACUGGGAUAGCUAUAUAAAACGGCAUUUCAUUUCCAUUUGCGUGUUUUUGUAAAGACCCUGAAAUGGCUCCUAUUAAGAGACACGCGUACAACGCAGAGUUUAAACUCAAGGCGAUCAGUCACGCAGUAGAACACGGGAAUAGAGCAGCAGCGAGAGAGUUCAACAUUAACGAAUCAAUGGUGCGGAAGUGGAGGAAGCAAGAGGAUGAGCUGCGCCAAGUAAAGAAGACGAAACAGAGUUUCCGCGGGAACAAAGCAAGAUGGCCACAGUUAGAGGACAAACUUAAACAGUGGGUUGUUGAGCAAAGAGCAGCAAGUAGAAGUGUCAGUACAAUCACUAUUCGAUUGAAGGCAACAGCGCUAGCACGCGAACUUAACAUCAAUGAUUUUAGAGGCGGUCCUUCUUGGUGUUUUCGGUUUAUGAAAAGACGUAAUCUCUCCAUCCACACACGAACUACUGUUUCACAGCAACUGCCAGCUGACUACCAAGAAAAGCUGGCCAAUUUCCGCACAUACUGCAGAAACAAGAUUACUGAAA